GGGACGUGAUGCUGGAGAACUAUGGACACCUCUUGUUCUUGGGUCUCAUUGUGUCGAAGCCUGAUUUGGUCUCCUUUUUGGAGCAGACGAAGGAGCUGUGGGAUGUGAAGAGAUGGAAGACAAUAGUCUUUGAUCCAGUGGUAACUUCACAUGGCGCCCUGAGCUUCCUGCCAGAGCCGUGCAAAGAAGCCUCGUUUCAAAAUAUGUCAGUCGGUCAUUAUAAACAUAGUGUCCUUGAGAAGUUACACUUAAUGAUAGACCGUGAUCAUGAUUGUAAAGGAUAUGUCCAAAUUGAGACUGCCGCCCAUAAUAAGACUCUCAAUGCCCAAGAUGGCGAGGGAUAUAAAACAGUUUGUAAAACCCUCCGUUUUAACUCCACUCUUUCUGCAAAGCAGGGUGUUUCUGUAAGCAAUAGCUCCAAUCAGCUCUUCAAGCGUACAUGUACAUGGAAAGAGAAUGUGGAAAAUCUGGAAAGUUACCUAGUCCAUGCUGAAAAUAAUGAUUUGAACAGUGUUGAAAAGAGGAUUGCAUUGACCUUUCAGUCAAAUAUUUCUACACUUCAGAGAUGUAAAAAUGAAGAAACAACUGCUAAGUGGGGUCCACUUGAGAACCCUCACCGAGGAGUCACCCCUACAAACUUACCCGGGCAUUUUCAGUGGAGACAGAAUUGCUCAAGGCAGUGAAUGUGAGAAAAAACUUCAUCAAGGCUCGAAUGUUAAGAAACAUCUGAGGACUCAUUUUCAAGAGAACCAUUUUGAACGUAUUGAAUGUGGGGAAGUCGUUGAUCAAAGAUCCAACUUUAUAUAUAAUACUGUGCGUAUAAGAGAGAAUCCUCAUAAAGGUAACGAAUGUGAAAAAGAUUUUAACCAGUCCUCCAGUGUGGGUGAUCAUCAGAGAAUUCAUGUGGGAACAAACCCAUACGGAUAUCGUAAGCCUGGGAACAUGUCUAGUGAGUCAUCAAGAAUACGUAUACGUAAGACAGUCUGUAGUGGAGAGAAUCCGUAUAAAUGUAAGGAGUGUGGCAAAGUCUUUAGCAAUCUAUCAGGCCUUAUCCGACAUCACAGAAUUCAUACUGGAGAGAGACCUUACGAAUGUAAACAAUGCGGCAGAGCCUUUAAGCAGAAAUCAGACCUUAACAACCAUGAGAGAAUUCAUACUGGAGAGAAACCUUACAAAUGUAAAGAAUGUGGCAAAGCCUUUAAGCAGAAAUCAAACCUUAUCAUCCAUGAGAGGAUUCAUACUGGAGAGAAACCUUACAAAUGUAAAGAAUGUGGCAAAGCUUUCAACAAUCUAGGAAGCCUUACACAACAUCACAGAAUUCAUACUGGUGAGAAACCUUACAAAUGUAAAGAAUGUGGCAAGGCCUUUAUGCAUAAAUCAAGCCUUACUAAACAUCACAGAGUUCAUACUGCAGAGAAACCUUACAAAUGUAAAGAAUGUCGCAAAGCCUUUACCCAUCCAUCAAGCCUUAUUGGACAUCACAGAAUUCAUACUGGAGAGAAACCUUACAAAUGCACAGAUUGUGGCAAGGCCUUUAUCUUUAAAUCAGCCCUUAGUCAACAUCACAGAAUUCAUACUGGAGAGACACCUUACAAAUGUAAAGAAUGUGGCAAGGCCUUUAAGCAGAAAUCAAACCUUAACAGGCAUGAGAGAAUUCAUACUGGAGAAACACCUUACAAAUGUAAAGAAUGUUGCAAGGCCUUUAAGGAGAAAUCAACCCUUAGAAACCAUGAGAGAAUUCAUACUGGAGAGAAACCUUACAAAUGUAAGGAAUGUGGCAAGGUUUUUAGGGUUAAAUCAGUCCUUACUGAGCAUCACAAAAUUCAUAUUGGAGAGAAAUUGUACAAAUGUAAAGAAUGUGGCAAGGCCUUUAUCCUUAAAUCAGUCAUUAGACAACAUCGCCGAAUUCAUACUGGAGAGAAACCUUACAAAUGUAAAGACUGUGGCAGGGCCUUUUUCCUUAAAUCAGCCCUUAUUCAACAUCACAGAAUUCAUACUGGAGAGAGACCUUACAAAUGUAAAGAAUGUGGCAAAGCCUUUAAGAACAAAUCAAACCUUAAUGAACAUCACAGAGUUCAUACCAGAGAGAAACCUUACAAAUGUAAAGAAUGUGGCAACGCAUUUAGUUCAUCCUCAAACCUUACUCGCCAUUACCAAAUUCAUCGUGGCGAGAAACCUUACAAAUGUAAAGAAUGCGGCAAGUCCUUUAAUCGGCGCUCAAACCUUACUCAGCAUCACAAAAUUCAUGGUGGAGAGAAACCUUAGAAUUGUGAAGAAUUUUGCAAGGCCUUUAUAUAUAAAUCAGUCCUUACUAAACAUCACAGAAUUUAUACUGGAGAGAGAUUUCACAAAUGUAAAGAAUGUGGCAAAGCCUUUAAGCGGAAAUCAAACCUUAAUGAACAUCA